CGAUAUGGUAUAAAAGUAGACAGAACUGAGGAACAUUCAACAGUUGGUCCAAGUUGUCCAGAAAACACAACAGCAGCAGUAUGAUCGCUAAGAUUGCCACCCUUUGCGCCCUGGUAGCUGCCGUCCGUGGUGGUCUGUACCACGGUUUGGCUGGCGGUUCUAGCGUCAGUUCUCGUCGCCAGGACGACUUUGGUAACUAUGCCUUCAACUACGACAUUGUUGACCCAGUUGGAGCCACCAAUGGCCGUUGGGAGGCUGGAGACGGAUAUGGAAACAAACGUGGAGCCUACAGUCUGACUGACAUCGACGGACGUGCCCGCAGAGUUGAAUACGUUGCUGAUGGUGCCGGUUUCCGUACUGUUGUAAAAACCAACGAACCAGGUACCGCUGCUAGUGCUCCUGCAGCAGCCGUUGUGGCAUCCAGUCAACCUGGCGUUGUCGCUCAUGGACCUGCUGUAGUGAAGACUCAUGUUGCUGCUGCCCCUGCCUAUGCAUAUAAAGCACCUGCCUAUGCAUAUGGAGCCUCUGCAUACGCAGCUGGAAUCUAUGGAGCCCCUGCCUACGCUGCUGGAGUUUACAGAGCUCCAGUCUACGCCGCUGCCUAUGCUGCUGGAAUUGAUGAAGCCCCUGUCUACGCCGAUGGUGCCUAUAGGGCUCCUAUUGCCAUGCUUUGCGCCCUGGUAGUUGUCCAUUUUGGCCUGUACCAUGGUUUGGUUGGCAGCUCUAGUGUCAGUUCUCUUCACCAGAACGACUCUGGGGACUACGACAUUAUUGGCCCAGUUUGGGCCACCAAAGGCCGUGGGGAGGCUGGAGACAGCUACGGAAACAAACGUGGAGCCUACAGUCUAACUGACAUCGACGGACGUGCCCGCAGAGUUGAGUAUGUUGCUGAUGGUGCCGAUGUUCGUGCUGUGGUAAAGACCAAAGAACCAGAUACCGCCGCUUGUGCUCCUGCUGCAGCCGUUGUGGCCUCCAACCAACUAAAUGUUGUCGCUCACGGACCUGCUAUUGCCAUCCUCUGUGCUUUGGUAGCUGCCGUCCAUGGUGGUCUGUACCACGGUUUGGCAGGUGGUUCUAGUGUCAGUUCUCGCCGUCAGGACGUCAUUAAGACGUCACAUACUGUUAUAAAAGUGGGAAGAAAAGCAGUGAAACUUAACAUUCGAUCCAGGUUGUCAAACAGCAGAAACAUGAUCGCUAAGAUUGCCAUCCUCUGUGCUUUGGUCGCUGCCGUCCAUGGUGGUCUGUACCACGGUUUGGCAGGUGGUUCUAGUGUCAGUUCUCGCCGUCAGGACGACUAUGGUAACUACGCCUUCAACUACGACAUUGUUGACCCAGUUGGAGCCACCAAUGGCCGUUGGGAGGCUGGAGACGGAUAUGGAAACAAACGUGGAGCCUACAGUCUGACUGACAUCGACGGACGUGCCCGCAGAGUUGAGUACGUUGCUGAUGGUGCCGGUUUCCGUGCUGUUGUAAAAACCAACGAACCAGGUACCGCCGCUAGUGCUCCUGCAGCAGCCGUUGUGGCCUCCAGUCAACCUGGCGUUGUCGCUCAUGGACCUGCUGUAGUGAAGGCUCAUGUUGCUGCUGCCCCUGCCUAUGCAUAUGGAGCCCCUGCAUACGCUGCUGGAAUCUAUGGUGCUCCUGCCUACGCUGCUGGAGCUUACAGAGCUCCCGUCUACGCUGCUGGAGCAUACAAAGCUGUAAUUAUUCAUACAAAUAUUUAG